AUGGCUAACCAAAAUCAUGAAUCAGUCAUGGCAAAUCAUGAAUCAGUCAUGGCAAAUCAUGAAUCAGUAAUGGCAAAUCAUGAAUCAGUCAUGGUAAAUCAUGAAUCAGUUGUGGCAAAUCAUGAACUUUUCGUUGCAAAUCAUGAACCUGUCAUGGCAUUUGGGAGAGCAGUGUUGUCAUGUCCAACUGUUUUGAUUGGACAUUGGACGUCCAAAACGUUGGAUUGGACAUCCAAUCUAAAGGUUGACAUUGAUUGGACGUCCAAUCCAAAGGUGGACGUUUGGAUUGGACGUUCAAUCCAAAGAGAAAAAUCAAAAUGA